AUGUCUUUCAAGUCCGCUGCUGCUCUUGUUGGCGCUUUCGCCGCCACAGCCCUCGCCCACGGCACUGUCACCGGUAUCAAGGUUGACGGCACCUACUACGGUGGUUACAAGCUUGACUACUACUACGCCAAGCAGAACGGUGGCAAUGUUCCCGAGAUUGCUGCCUGGUCUGCUGAGAACCUCGACAACGGCUUUGUCGCCCCCGAUGCCUAUGGCACCGUCGACAUCAACUGCCACAAGAACAGCGCCCCCGGUGCUACCUCUGUCUCCGUCAAGGCUGGCGGUGAAGUGGCUUUUGAAUGGUCGGCAUGGCCCGAGAGCCACUUCGGUCCUGUCUUCACCUACGUCGCCAAGUGCGCCGGUGAAUGCUCCGCCGCUGACCCUUCUACCUUGAAGUGGGUCAAGAUCGACGAGGGCGGUAUCGAUAUCGCUGCUCAGAAGUGGGCUGCCACUGAUCUCAUCGAGAACAACAACACCUGGGUCACCACCGUCCCUACCACCCUCGCCUCCGGCAACUACGUCUUCCGUCACGAGAUCAUUGCCAUGCACGGUGCUGGAGAGGCCAACGGCGCCCAGAACUACCCCCAGUGCUUCAACAUUGAGAUCACUGGCGGCGGCUCUGACAACCCCGAGGGUGUCUUGGGUACUGAGCUGUACUCUGCCACCGACGCUGGCAUCAAGUUCAACCCCUAUGGCGAGAUCAAGAGCUACGAGAUCCCCGGCCCCGCUCUGUACGGUUCCGGCUCUGGUUCCGGCUCUGGUUCCGGCAGCCCUACCAGCGCUGCUCCCGCCAUCCCUGCCAACACCACCGUCGCCUCCCCCGUUGUCCCCGCUCCCGAGACCCCUAUCUCUGCUCCUACCAGCCUCGUCACCUCCGCCAUCGUCCCCGCUGAGCCCACUGCCACCUCCGUCCAGGGCAACGCCGCUAGCUCGGCUGCCCCCGAGGCUCCCGUCGCCACUCAGCCCGCCUCUGAGCCCUCCGAGCCGACUGAGCCUUCCACUGGCAGCGGCUCUGAGCUCCCCGAGACCUUCACCCUUGACACCUUCAUUGACUGGCUCCGCGCCAACGCCGGCUCCAAGAAGGCCCGCCGCCACGCCCGUGCCUUCUUCUAA